AUGUCAAUUCGACAAAUGGCAGCACCAUUCAGAGCUGGUGCACAGCCAUUUCAUGAUCGGGCGACUUCCUUUUUUGGAUAUCCAUUGCUACCGGUUCUAUUUUCAUACGGCACGUCAGCGUUUUCUUCUCAUCUUGAUCAUGGGCUUGUUCCCUUUAAGUACAACUUGCUUCAAAAGCUUCAAGAGACAUUGAAUCUACUUGGAUCCAAUACGGCCAACGUUCUCUCUUUCCGGCAAUCAUCUUGA